ACCCUCUAAUCGCCAGCACGAAGCUGGUUUGAUUUUUACAGUUAUAUUGCGACUUCGUCUAAACCCAAAGCUAAAAAACUGUAGAUAUGAAUUAACUGCUCCUCUUUAAUUAUUGUUCUAUGUUCUUUGGCUCGGACAGCUUAGUUAAAGACCAUGUCGAUUAUGAAAUGCAAAUUACUUUGUAAGUGUCUGGGUCUCUUUUCGCCCGGUAAUCUUUUCUGAGCUUAAAGUCCCCGCAUUUUCUUUUUUAAGCGCUUCAUUUGUGAAAAUAGAGGGGUGUAACUGAUUCUUGAGCCAUUAUUGUCAACACUCUCUUUGCUCAGUUAUCUUUUGCUACAUCAUUAUUGUCCAUUUAUUAACAUUCAUCAAGCAAAAACAGAACACUUUCCUUUUUAACGACUCUCAUAAUAAUUUUGCGCGUAUGCACUAUACAUUGGAUAGAGCUAGUGAAGCAGCUGCUAGUGAUCUAGCCGAAGUUCGUAAAUUAGUAGAAGGAAUGAACUCAUUAGUGAACAGUCAACAACAGCAACAGUUGCAACAGCAGUUAGAAUUUCAAAAGCGACAAAAAUUAUUUUCACAACAACAACAGCAACCUGGAAAACUACCCUCUUCUCAGGCACAACUACUAUCGUCAUUACGGCCACCACCGACUAAAAAGCCAAAAACUCAGAAACAUGCUAAAAGUCUAAACAAUAAUAUUCAUACCACCAACCCAAGCUCUUAUAAUACUACCAGUGCGACUUCAUCGACACACACUACAACUACCACUAUUUCUACUACCACUACUGCUAAUCCCAUUAAUCCUACUACUGUUGUUGCCGCCAGUAAUUCUGUUACUGAGCAACAAACAUUAUCACCACAACUUUCGCAAGCAAAUACUUCGCAAUCAACAAUUACACCGAAUAAAGAAGUAGCUAGCACUGAAAGUAACGAAAGAAAGCCAGAUCAACCAAUAAGGCAACAACAAGAUCAAAGUAAUGACCGAAGAAAUCCUCAACAGGAAGAGAGGAAAGAGACUAACAGCAAGGAUAAUGCAGCAGUUACAUCAAAAACUAAAGAUACAUCCGAUAGUACAGCUGUAACUAAUAACGGAACGCCUCCUGCGGGCAUUAUUAUUGAAGUAAACCACUUGGCGUUCAAUCGUGUUCUCUACUUUCAGCUAUCACCUGAAGCAACGAUCGAGCCCUUAAUGGCAUGGUUAAAGUUAUCUUUCCAAGACAGCACCAUUUCUGGAAUGGUUUUACAAUACAAAGGUUUUGAUGGACUAUGGAAAUGUUUAUUGAAUAGGGACGAUUCUUUGAAAAGAGUCUUGAAACAGAAUUUAAAGAGUCAAACAAUGUUACAAAUGAGAGUACCAAGGGAAGAGGACCUACUAAGUUCUGGAUAUACAGAUAAACGGUUAUUAGCAUUAACUACAAAAUCCAAUACACCUAUUCCACCUCUUCAUCCAAUAGUUAAUACUACUACUGACAGUGCUGCUUCUAUUGCUACUACGACUGGUAAUAGCAAUGAUCAGGCACAACAGAGUGAACAAACCGAACAUAAACAAUAAAAAGAAAGGGUUUUGCAUGAAAUAUCAUUUUUGUCAUUUUGGGAAUUCCAUUUUUGAUUUUACUUUGAAAUACCGAGAUAAAAAAGAUCCAAACAGCAUUCUUCUGUCUAUU